AUGGCUGUGGAUGCCCAUAACAACGAGCUGAAUAGAAGCAAAGCUCAAGAAGAGGCUGAGGCUAAGCGUAAGGCUCAGGAAGAGGCUGAGGCUAGGCGUAAGGUUGAGGAGGAGGCCGAAGCGAAACGUAAGGCUGAAGAGGAGGCCGAGGCCAAACGUAGGGCUGAGGAGGAGGCCGAGGCUAAACGUAAGGCUGAGGAGGAGGCCGAGGCUAAACGUAGGACUGAGGAAGAGGCCGAAGCUAAACGUAAGGCGGAGGAGGAGGCCGAGGCUAAACGCAGGACUGAAGAAGCUGAGGCUGGNAAGAGCUUGCUUCCAGGGUUCUUGAGUGUAGAAGAGCGAAGGAAUCUUCCAGUGCUGCGUUGA